AUGUCAGAGAAUGAAGAAAGUCACAGUGAGAGGGUUUCUAGUAAUGUAUGUUUACAGUUAUAAUAGAUUUUACUUUUUUCAAAAUUUUAAAGAUUUAUAUUGCGUUAUUGGGUUGUUGAAAUAAUUGUGUGCCCUUUUCCAACCCUUAAAAAUGAAAAAAGGUUCAUGUUUAACAUUCCUGAAAAAAAUUUUUUACAAGAAAAGUAUCCUACUUGCCCCGCUUAGCAUCAGCUCAAACUUUUUAUAUGAACUUGUACCACUAAUAGCUCCCAUAAAAAGUUUUAACUUGUGCUUUUAAGCUUUAAAACUAAAAUAUUUGAAGAUUCCGCCGAGUUGGCAAAUUUGGCCUAGUUUAGUACUUUGCUGCAUGACUUAUAUUUAAAUGACCUUUCUAUAAAAAAGUGUGAUUUCAACCCGAGGUUAGGUACUUCUUAGUAAGAGACCCCGCCCCUACUAUACCCAACCUUGCUAUCCAACCUUACUACCCUAUCCUACCUGAGUCACUCUGCCUUACCCUAUUUUAUCCUAUCCUACAUCUUCCGCCCCCCCCCCCUUACUUCUCUUUUUCUUCCCCUUCCCCAACUUUUCAAACCUAAUAUUUAAAAAAUUUUAAAAAAUUUUUCAAUUCCAGGGUAAUUCAGAAAACGUUGAAAACCUCGAAUUCACAGACAGCCGCCCAAGGCACAUUCCAGUACGUCACCAUCAUUCCAGCGGGCCAAGCAACGGCCGACCACCCCGCCCCGUAGUACAUCACGAUCGACCACACAAAAGUCAUCAUCGUCAUCAUGACGAUGACUUUGACGAUGACAGAGAUUCCGGAGUCCAGAAGAGCAUAGGCCCAUUGUUUAAGAAUCUGCAGCCUUCCAGAACCACGGAUAUGUUCCUGCAUCUGAUGAAGUACACUGGCGUGACGGGCAAGGGAUUCUUGAGGAGUAUCAAGAAGAGUGCACGGAAGUACCAUCACAAACCUGACAUUGGCUACAUCUUCAAGAAGAACAACUACAUCAUCAACUACACGCUUCAGCUCAUCGAUCAGUAUGUAAGUGAUGGGUAGGGCAGGUUAGGGUAGAAUGGGGUAGAGUGACGCAGGACAGGGUAUGGAGGUGUAGGUAGGGUCAAUUUUUUGAAGGUUUUUUCUCGUAAAGACGUAAUUAAGAUGACACAUUUUCUAGAAUUCCAAAAAAUAAGUCAUCUUGACUUUAAAAUGAGUCAUUAUUACGGUUAGAAGUACCUUUUAAGUUGUCAAAAGUAACUUUUAGUUACAGACAUUACUACUUUUUACAUUCCAAUAUAAAAAAACCAGUUUUGGACGAUCUAAUUUCUGGAACUUAAAAAAUGUGUCAUCCUAACAUCAAAAUAAACUAGUCUGAAUUUUAAAAGCAAUUUUUUAAAUGGUUAAUUAGGCUAAAUUUGCAUAAAAACUAAUAUUUUACGAAAAAAAACUAAAAAAUAUCUGCUUUAUAUCGACGUAUUUUCUGAACAUCUAAAAAAUGGGUCAUCUCAUAGUAUUUUAUUUCCUUAUAACAGGUCUUGGAUCAAGAAAUAUGAGUAGAUUUUGUAAAAUACGUCGUGUUCCACUAGCUGUUUUUACUUCCAGCUCCCCCGUGACGCUAAAAUCGGAGCAGUGGCCGUGCUGGCCCAGUAUUAUGUUGUGGCCGAGCGGGAUGACAUGGAUGCGUUCACAGAGAAAUUCGAAAAAUUCAUCGAAGAGAUGGUCUGGCUGAAGAAGUUGUUGCGGCCGUUCGUUCCGUUCCAAGCACUGACUUAUAUUGAUGUGCACAUCGACGACAUGUUGAAGGUGAGAUGGAGAAAGUAA